AUGGCCCAAAAAUCAAAAAAGAUCAAGAACAAGCCGAGGCCUCCGCCGGCUCCAGGCUCCGUCCGCGAGGAUCCUCAACAUGAAGCGCCUGCAGAGGAUGCCCCUGUAGAGGACCCUGCUGGACAGGACGAUUCUACACCUGGGGAUCCUCCGUCUGAGAGUCCUCCACUCGAGGAGCAACCUGCUCCCUCUGAGAAGGAGGAUACUCCAUCCGGACAGGAGAAUCCCACACCUGCAGAGCAGAUCCCUACCCCAGGGCAACAAGAGUCUCCGGCUGGGCAGCCAGACCCUCCAUCUGAGAAGCAAGAUUCUCCAACCGAGCAGCAGAAUCCAAUUGGGCAGGAUACUCCAGAGCAAACCCUCGCUAACUCUCCUCCGCCACCUAGUGCUCCUACCACGGACGCCCGCCCCCAAGGCGGCCGCAAGGGCAAGGCCGAAGAUGAAGUGACUGGCAAGGUCGGCGAGCUUGCCGAUACCGUUCCUAACGCUGGCCUCGUGAUUCCCGGUGCUCCCCAGCAGGAGGAUGAUAAGAGCAGCUUGAAGAUCAAGAUCCACCUCAACAUCCACGCCAAGGUUCGCCUCGAGCUUGAUGCCCAGAUCUACGGUGAUGUUGUUAUUGGUCUGCUGUAA